GCGGCGCCGGGACCACGUGUUGGCGUCGCCAGGCCGCGCGCCCCUCGUAAACAACGUGACUGACGGACGCGCUCGGCCGUCUGACAGCAGCCGCUGCCGCGCGGACCAGCUCCACGCCUCUUGCGGAGCUUCCGCCCUCGUAGGCCUCGGCUGCGUAAAUAACGCGCGUACAAGCGGCCAUCCGCUGCUUCCAAACUAUUAGGGAUUACUGAUCACUCGCUGAUUUUUCAGCUUCCGAAAUUUUUUUUUACGCCACUCCUCUUCAUAGAGUAGCGCAAGCGGAGUGACACUUGUCAGUUCUCGGAUCAGUAGUGAAACCUGCCGUCAAUAUAGGCUGUAGCUAUGUCGUUUCGCUUCAUUGCAGAUGUUUCCACUUUCGUUAUCUUCUAUUAUUAGCUUGCUUAGAACUUUCUUCCACAGACCCACAAGGUAUAUCCGUUUGCGUUCUCGUUCUUCCAGUGACAAUGAACUUCGUCAGAAUAGCCAACGAUACGAGCGCGUUUCACGUGGUUUCUACUGAUGAGGUCCCACAUGCAGAAUUGUGACAUCUGUCAACUGCGACAUGAGAAAGCUACUUUCGUAUGAAUGUUUAUGGGAUUUAUUUUCUGUCAGUAUGGAAGCAAAAUAUUGAUGCCUAAAAUGAGGACACUAGAAUUUCUCUCUUCGAAGAGAGGAAGGAACUUCUCAGUGAAAGCCAAGACUACGAACAUCCACGUACAGAUGACUUUCCUUGCGACAAACUGUGUGCUGUGUGGAUUUAUCCUUCUACUACACGUCUGCUGCACUUCUUCCAAGCUGAUGACCGAGGAUGUGCCGACGACGAACGUGCAGGCGGCGGAAGGGGGCGUGGCUCGGCUGCCGUGUGACAUCACCCCAGCCGUGGCCGAAGACAAGCCGCUGCUGGUCAUCUGGUACCGCGAGGACCUCAAAGCACCCAUCUACAGCUUCGACGCUCGCACGUCGCCCCUGGCGGGCGCGGUGCGCUGGCAGGACGAGCGCGCGCUCAGCCAGCGUGCCGUCUUCCUCUACAAGCGGCCGUCGGCGCUCGUCAUAGAGAACGUGCGCGAGGCGGACGCCGCCGUCUACCGCUGCCGCGUCGACUUCCGCCGAUCGCCUACCAGGAACUACAAGGUCAACUUCACCGUCAUCGUGCCACCAAAGAGGAUAAUCUUUCUGGAUGGAAACGGAGAAACCAUACCUCACUACACUGUUGGUCCUUACAACGAAGGAUCCACAGUGGAAAUUACCUGCAUUGCUGUGGGAGGUCGGCCACCGCCGCGAGUGACUUGGUGGCAGGACAACACGCUGCUGACGGACCGCUGGGAGGUGAUCUCGCACGAGCGCGUGCGCAACAAGCUGCGCCUGCAGCAGCUGUCGCGCCGCCAGCUGCACGCCGUGCUCACCUGUCAGGCCGAGAGCAGCCCGCUGGCCGCGCCCGUCGCCGGCUCCAUCACGCUGGACCUCAACCUUCGGCCGGUGUCGGUGCGCAUCCGCGGCCGUAACCGGCCUCUGUCAGCAGACGCCCCAGUGGAGGUGGACUGCGAGGCGGUGGGCACGCGGCCGCCGCCCGUCUUCUCCUGGUGGAAGGCCGGUGUCCAGCUGCGCAACACCAGGGAGACGUCGAGUCCGGACGGCAACGUGACCACCAGUACGCUGACGUUCGUGCCGACCAUGGAGGACAGUGGGAAGCUGCUGACGUGCCGCGCCAGCACGCCGCUCAUCCCCGACAGCUCGCUGGAGGACUCCUGGAAGCUAGACAUCUAUCAUGUUCCAGUUGUGUCUCUUGAGAUAGGAAGCAAACUAGACCCCAGCAACAUUCGGGAGGGGCAAGACGUGUACUUCGAGUGCAACAUCAAGUCCAAUCCUUGGGUGUACAAAGUCAGCUGGAGGCAUAAUGGCAAGCCGCUCCACAACAACGCUUCCACGGGAACCAUCUUGGCCAACCAGAGCCUCGUGCUGCAAGCUGUGACGCGCGAUCGCGCUGGCAUCUAUACCUGCGUCGGCAGCAACCAUGAGGGCGACGGCGAGAGCAACCCCGUCUACCUCAACGUGACCUACCGGCCGCUGUGCUCGGAGAACCAGCAGCUGACGUACGGCGUGGCGCGGCGCGAGGCGGUGCGCGUGUCGUGCGAGGUGGACGCGAACCCCAGCCACGGGCUGUCGUUCAGCUGGAGCUUCAACGGCAGCGCUGACGAACGCGAGCUGCCGGCCGCCGCGUGGUCGGUGGAGCGCGGCCGCAGCCUGCUGCUGUACACGCCGCGCGCCGAGGCCGACUACGGCCAGCUGGUGUGCCGCGCCAGGAACGCCGUCGGCACGCAGCGCGCGCCCUGCGUCUUCCAGGUCGUGCCCGCAGGUCGUCCCGACCCGCCGCACAACUGCAGCAUCGUGAACCAGACAGCGGACUCGCUGCACGUCGAGUGCUCGGAGGGCUUCGACGGCGGGCUGCCGCAGGAGUUCGUGAUGGAGGUGUACGACGCGGCGUCGCAGACGCUCGUCGGCAACGUGAGCUCUCGCGCGCCCGCCUUCACCGUCAGCGGCCUGCAGCCGGGGCUCGGCUUCGACGUGGCGCUGCUCGCCGCCAACAGCAAGGGCCGCAGCCGCGCCGUCACCCUGCACGCCUACACGCUGCAGCCCGCAGAGCGGCGAGCAGCGUCGGCGGGCGUGGGCCGGCUGGCGCCGCUGCUGGGCGUGGUGGCGGGCUGCGCCGUGCUGGCCGUGCUGCUGGCCGCCGCCCUCGCGACGCUCAUCGUGCGC